GAUAGAUAGAUAGAUAGAAUCCACAAUGAGUGAGAAGACUUGAAACAGCUGCAGACGUUAUGAUGACGCCAGAGGAACCUGAGCCGAUCAAGCCCCGCCAGAAAUAACCUCCAUCAUGGGAUUGAGCCGCGCCUCCAGUGUUGCUCCAGACAUCAGUUUGGUGGCGGCGGUGGCAGUGAGCAACCAUCCAAACUCAUCUGGCACCCUGCCCACCUCGUCCCUCCCUCCGUCUUCCUGCAGCAUCGACGAGUCCUACAAGUAUGUCUUCCUGCCCGUCUGCUACUCGUUGACCUUCCUCUUCAGCCUCACCCUGAACUCGGUGGUGCUGCUGCGCUCCUGCCGGCGCCAUGGCAGUGGCUGCUGUGGCGUCGUUGGUAGUGGAGGGCGACGUUGGAACACCUCACUUAUCUACAUGGUGAAUCUCGCCACGACCGACCUGAUGUAUGGUCUGUCCCUGCCCUUUUUGGUGGCGAGCUACGUCUUGAGAGACCGCUGGGUGUUUGGGGACUUCAUGUGCCGCCUCGUUCGAUUCUUGUUUUACUUCAACCUCUACUGCUCCAUCUUCUUUCUCACCUGCAUUUCUGUGCACAGGUACCUGGGAAUCUGCCAUCCCAUGAGGACUAUCACUCUGAAGAGCAAGCGGGUGGUGAAGGGAACCUGUGCGUUGGUAUGGGUGGUGGUCUUCAUCCUCACCUGCCCCAUCUUCAGGUUCGCCCAGACAGGGUACGUCCAUCGAGGAGGGGGGCAUCUUGAGACUGAAAAUGGGCAUGAAGGCAGGAACAGUACUGGACUUCGAUUAGAGGACAAGGAAGGAUACAUGAACUGCUGGGACGACGCCAUUGAUAAGGAGUUUGCUGACUACGUGCCUUACGGCAUCGUUCUCCACCUGCUGGGCUUCUUUGUGCCCUUUGUUAUCAUCGCCUGGUGCUACUCUCAGGUGGUCAGGACGAUAUUUCAUACGCUGCGCUCCCCUCCCAGUUCAAUAGAGGGCGUGGAGGACGGUCCGGUGGGAGAUUGGGCAACAGAAGGAAUCAGAGAACGGGAAAGAACCUCUGUCUCCAUCUCUGGAUCCCAGUACUCACACUACAUCAGACGGCGACGGAAAUCCAUCAAAACCAUUGUCACCAUCACGCUGCUGUUUGCGCUCUGCUUCCUGCCGUUCCAUGUGACUCGGACGCUGUUCCUGCUCCUGCGGCGGGGGCAGCUCGGCGGCUGCAACGCCAUGAAGGCUGUGUCCAUCUGCUACAAGGUCACCCGCCCACUGGCCUCCUGCAAUGCCUGGCUCAACGCCCUCCUCUACUUCCUGACUGGGGAUAAAGGCGCCCCCUGCUGCUGGCCUGUAGAACACAAAGUCCGCAGGGAUCGCAGGAACGGAUCACUCUGGUGGCCGCUGAAGAUCCUGAAAAGAGAGGGCGUGGGAGAGGAAGACCAGGAGGCGACUGAGAAGGUUGAAAGGGAGGUGCACAUGGAGAAUGAGUCCAAGUCUUCAAGGGUCAUCUUCUAGAAGGUUCUAGUGUGGUUAAUAAAAAAACAUGAUUCACUGGGAAGUAAAUCUAAAGCUAAAACAGGAAGUUGCUCAGGAGUGCUUGGAAUGGGUUGACAUUUUCUAUGUAGAAGUCUGUAUGCGAUAUCUUGGUUCUGAUACCAUCGAUCUAAAUUAAGAAGAAAGGAUAAAAAAUAUUCCUUUAGAAAAAAUCAGUGAAAGAAAACUCAUUGAUUCAUUUGUAUUCUGUGAUUGUUUGGGGAUGUUAAGAGUUAGUUGUUAAGCUGCCCAGCAGGUGGUGCUGCUUCUUCAGACGGUGCCAUUAAAGUUGCAAAAGAGGACACUGGUGAGAUGACAUUAUUGGAAUAUCUUCCUUUGUUGCUUAAACGAUGGAAACCCAUAUUAACAAAAUUAAUGUACAGUUUUUCUUGGUUCCAUGUAUUAAUGUAGAGACGGUUAACAUCUCUACACAGAUGUGAUCCUGAAUAUGACGAUUUGUGCAAUUUUUUUUUAUAUUUCAGUCUUUUUUUACUAUUAUUUUUAUUUGUUGGUGUUUUGAGGAGUUUGAAAAUGUGCAUUUGGAUGGAAAUAAACUUAAAAACUCUGAAUGCUUAAAAAAAUGCUUCCUCGUGCAUCAGGAACACCUUAAUCAAACAACAGGUAACAUCUUGAAUCAGAUUGGAUAUUUGAUGCAAGACUUUGUCCACCAAGGACGUUUAUUUGCUCUGUCAGCACCUAUUUUCUAUACAGAAACAAUGUAGCUCAGUGUUUUCAGUGUGCAAAAGUGCCCUCUGAGGUUUUCUUUAUUAGUAAAUAAUAUCACAUUUCUAAACAUAUAUUUAAAAUAAAAUAUUAACACCAGAAGAUAGUGAAGUGUAAAAAGUAUGCAAACGUUUAUUUUUGCCUUUUUUGACAGAAAUCCUAAAUGUCUUAAAUUUUAGAUCAUAUACAUUAAGUCAGAAAUGUAUCCGACAUAAGAUGCAACAAAACAUUUCAUUUAAACAUUAUCAGGGUUUUAACGACACAAACGAUUAGACCAGUAAUCUUUUUAGAACUUUUAGUUGUACAGUGUCUUUGAGUUUCUGAAAAGCGCUAUAUAAAUAAAAUGUAUUAUUAUUAUUGUCAUUAUUCUAAUUCCCGGGGAAAGACUAAGCUGUGAAAAGGCCACAGACAUUUAUUUUGGAAGAAUCAUUCGAAAAUUUCAAAAGAUUUCAAAAGAAAAGAUUAAAUAAAAUAAAAAAUGCACCCGAGAGGCUUAAAUGGUAGUGACGCCUGUUUUAGAGACUGUAUUUGUUAAAACUGUGUGCUUUUUUGUGCCCUUAGUCUAAAACCACAGACCUGACCUUUGACCCCUGUGAUGUAGAAUCCAACUCUGAAUGCUGACUUUGUAUUUUUUUUCCUUGAUGUCAGCACGACGUCACUGCAUCAGUCCUGAAACAUGUAAUCCGAAAGCGUUUUUAAUAAGCUACACUCCUCUCAACAUGAACCUUCAUUGGCUUUUGAAUGUAUUUUCCAGAGGUCGACACUCUGCACGUUCCUGCUUCAUAUGAUGUUGUUGUUGUUUGAGCUCAGGCCAGUCUGUGACGUCACUCCUCAUUUCCUCAUCUCAUGUAUUUUGAUGUUUUGUGGAAGUAUGUGGAUUAAAGUGUAUUGUUGACAUCUGCUGUGUCUGCUUUCUAAAAAUUGAAAAAUGUGUCUUUGGUUCCAAACUCUUUGAAAUCUAUUGAAAUACUGUUUGGGUAAUAUUUUAGACUCUACCAGAUUUUAAAUGGAUGGUAAUUUCUUAACUCCUCCCCCUCUACCUGCUCUCUGUGACUCUAAAUGGACCAUCAUUUACUAAAUGAACAUCAUGCUGU